AAUGAUACUCUCAACUUAUCUGAUGUAUCAGGAACUCAGCAAAAUAGAACCGGUGACUUUAAGAAUAUAGUAAAGAAACCAGUCCAUGAGUAUCAGACAAUAGAUGACGAAUCAAAUGAUGAGGAAGAUGAAAAUUCUGAUAAAACAAAAAUUACUAAAGAAGAGUCAAGAGAAGUUGAAACUCGUAACAUUUUACAAUGUUUACAGUGUAGAUAUCUUGCCAGGACUAAACAUCAUUUGAAUUUACAUUUGGAUAGUCAUAAAGAUCCAAUGAAGAUAUAUACAUGCUCUGUAUGCGAUUAUAGGGGAGAUAAGUUUUCAGUUAUAAAACAUAUUUACAGUGUUCCUCAUCCUACUCAAGCAAAAGUCCUGGAAAAUGGAAAAUCUCUGUAUGAAAAGUUGACAAAUGAACCAGACAAGGAGCAGAAGGAGCAAAUUAAGAAUGACAGUAGUAAAUCAGAUAGCAAGUCCUCUAUAUUUUAAUACCUCUAAAAAGGAUGAAGAAUGCAAGUCCUCUAUAUCUAGUACCUCUAAAAAGGAUGAAGAAGAAGAUGAACUUUCCAUGGAUAGUAAAUAUGUAAUCAAUAGCCAGGGAAAGCAAGUGAAGAA